CUGACAUCUAAGCCCCGCCCACACGGAAGUAUUAUGAUCGCACGCUUAUUUAGCAUAGACAGUAAAAGAAUAAGUAUUUAGCCAAAUAUAAACUGUAAUUUAACAUAAAACGACGGGGUUGUCCUUUAACUCACACUCGUAUUCUGAGAGUAGAAUACGCUCAAUCCAGUGCCGUCGUGUUUUUUUAAAUGCGGUUAGUUAGUUAUUGUGGCUGAAAUGGGCUCAAAGUUCAGUGUGAGCGAGUGAUUAACUUACACAGUAAAAGAAAGGUAAUAAACUGAGUUUGACAGUGUGUUGAUGCGUCUGUUCGCUGCUCUGAGACAUCGAGGGCCUUCAGCUGCUGUGGGUCUGUCGGCUUGGAGAUCGAAGGCAGUGCGAGGACAGAGCAGGAUGUCGUCAUCGUCAUCACUUCCUGUGGCGGCUGUUUGUCAGAUGACUUCCACCCCUGACAAAGAGGCCAACUUUAGCACUUGCACGCGAUUGGUGGAGCAGGCCAAAGAGGGCGGGGCCUGUAUGGUGUUCUUGCCAGAGGGCUUCGAUUACAUCGGCUCUAACCGCGAGGAGACGCUGCAGCUGUCUGAGAGUCUGGACGGUGACCUCAUCAGCCGUUACUCACACCUGGCCAGGAAGCUGGACGUGUGGCUGUCUCUGGGUGGCUUUCAUGAGAGAGGAAACGACUGGAAAACGGACCGGCGCAUUUAUAACAGCCAUGUUAUCAUCAAUGGACAAGGGGAGCUGGUGUCCGUCUACAGGAAGGCUCAUCUGUUCGAUGUGGAGUUGACGAGUAAAGGAGUGUCUCUGAAGGAAAGUGCUUUCACCGUCCCCGGACCUCGACUGGUGUCUCCCGUCCAGACGCCCAUCGGAAAGGUCGGUCUUGGCGUCUGCUAUGAUCUGCGUUUUCCUGAGCUUUCAUCAGCGCUGCGGAGACACGGAGCAGAGAUCCUCACUUACCCAUCAGCCUUCACCGUGGCCACAGGAACGGCACACUGGGAGGUGCUCCUGCGGGCGCGGGCGAUCGAGACGCAGUGUUUCGUGCUGGCGGCGGCGCAGGUGGGAGCUCAUCACCCGAAGCGGACGUCGUUCGGACACGCGCUGGCCGUGGACCCGUGGGGUGAGGUGACCGGGGACUGUGGGGGGUCAGAUGAGGCUUUAACACUGGUGCAGAUUGACCUGCAGAGACUACGGGACGUCCGGAGGGACAUGCCAGUGCAGCAGCACCGCCGAGACCAGGACUUCUACUGCAGCCUGGACUGAGUGAUUACAGCACACCUUUAAACAACACAGAUGUGUUUGUGUUAAAUAAUAUGCACUGGUGAACUACUGUGUGUUUAAUCAAUGACUCUGAACUGAUGCUUAUUAAAUUUGAAGUUGGAUCAGAA